GAGCGCCAACUGCGCAGAAUCCAUGAGAAACGGAACCCGGAAGUAAAUCCGGAAGUUAGGGCACUAACUCCGGCAGGUCUAAACGGGAGGCGUGUGUGUGUUAUAUUAUUUUUUAAACCACAUGUUUCUGCCUAAGUUUGACCACAUUUAAGUUCCUAAUGUCAGCUUUGUUGCUGCGGAGGCUUCGGUGUCUCAGCAGGACACCUGGCUCCGUGCGCGCCUUCAGCAGCCUUCCUCCACCACUACCGACGGCUCUGGUCCGCAGCACCUUUUUGGACUUUUUUCGGGAGGAACAUGGACACCUGCUGGUUCCGUCCUCUCCUGUCAGGCCCAGAGGGGACCCCAGUCUGCUUUUCGUUAACGCCGGUAUGAAUCAGUUCAAGCCCAUCUUAACUGGGACUGCGGACCCUCGCAGUGCGAUGGCUUCUUACCGCAGAGUUGUCAACAGUCAGAAAUGUGUUAGAGCUGGAGGAAAACACAAUGACCUGGAGGAUGUGGGCAGAGAUGUGUACCAUCAUACCUUCUUUGAGAUGCUGGGGAACUGGUCCUUUGGAGACUACUUUAAGGAAAAAGCAUGCUCUAUGGCCUGGAGUCUCCUCACAGAGCAUUAUGGGAUACCUGCUGACAGACUGUACGUGUCAUACUUUGCUGGAGACGCAGCAUCUGGUUUACCAGCUGAUGAAGAGACACGUCAGAUCUGGUUGGACAUAGGAGUGCCUGCUGCUCAUCUCCUGCCAUUUGGUCUCAAAGAGAACUUCUGGGAGAUGGGAGACACUGGGCCCUGUGGACCCUGCACCGAGAUCCAUUAUGACCACGUAGGGGGACGAAACGCUGCCUCACUGGUCAACACUGACGACCCUGAAGUGGUGGAGAUCUGGAAUCUUGUCUUUAUGCAAUACAACAGGGACAUGGACCAGACUCUGUCACUGCUGCCCAAGAGCAGUGUGGACACGGGAAUGGGUCUGGAGAGACUGACGGCCGUCCUGCAGGGGAAACGAUCCAACUACGACACGGACCUGUUCACACCACUGCUGCAUGCCAUCCACCAGAGGUCAAAGGUGGCUCCAUAUGGGGGCAGAACGGGUUCAUCUGACCAGCUGAAGGUGGACACUGCGUAUCGUGUGGUGGCUGACCACGUGCGAACUAUGUGCGUCUGCAUUGCUGAUGGAAUUCAUCCAGGAAUGUCUGGAGCAGAGCUGGUGCUACGCAGGAUUCUUAGGCGUGCUGUACGUUUCAAUGUAGAGAUCCUUAAGGCUCCACAGGGGGCGCUGGCAAGCCUGGUUCCUACUGUCACACACAUCCUGGGAGGUGUGUACCCAGAGCUGCAGAGGGAGGAGGAGCGGAUAAUUGACAUCAUCAACGAGAACGAGGCUCACUUCCUGUCGUCCCUGCAGCAGGGCACCCGGCUAAUCCACCGCACACUUCGCAAGAUGGAGGACAAGGACAGCAGCGUGUUCCCAGCCUCAGUGGCCUGGUCUUUGAACAGGGACCUUGGUUUUCCUCUGGACCUGGUGGACCUAAUGUUGGAUGAGCGAGGAGUCCGUGUCGACCGCCAGGAGCUGGAACGACUCAUAGCAGAGAACCUGGAGGUGGUUUCAGACCAGCCUGCAGAUGCUCAGCCUGGUUUAACCCUGGAUGUGAGCAGCUUGGUGGCGCUGCAGCGCAGCGGUGUCCCUCACACUGACGACAGCAUGAAGUACCAGUACAGACUGAAGGAGGACGGAUACGUUUUCCCAAAGUGCUCAGCCACGGUGGUGGCUCUGUUCAAUGGCCAGGCGCUGGUGUCAGAGGUCACAGAAGGUCAACGCUGCGGCGUUAUUUUGGACCAGACUUGUUUCUACGCAGAACAGGGCGGCCAGUCACAUGACCGGGGUUACUUCCUUCGUGAUGGGCUGCAGGAUGUGCCGUUCCCAGUGGAGAACGUGGUGGUAGCAGGUGGAUAUGUGGUUCAUCACGUCACUGCCACUGAUCACCUGAAGGUUGGAGACCAAGUCCAGCUGCACCUGGACCAGGUCCACAGAUUGUCCCUCAUGGUAAACCACACAACCACCCACCUGUUGAACUUUGCUCUGAGGACAGUUAUAGGCCCCUCUGUCCAGCAGCGAGGUUCCCAUGUGUCAGCUGAUUAUCUUCGCUUUGACUUCUCCACCAAGAAGUCUCUCAGCGCCUCUCAGUUGCAGCAGAUUGAACGUUGUGUACAUGACAUUGUCUCAGCCAAACACAUGGUCCACAGCCAGGAGCUCCCACUGCAGGCAGCUAUGCACCUCAGUGGGCUGCGGACGGUGGAUGAGGUGUACCCCGACCCUGUACGUGUAGUGGCAGUGAAUGUCCCCGUCUCUGAGCUGUUGGACAAAGCCAGUGACCCAGAGACGUCUGUGGAGCUUUGCUGUGGAACUCACCUGCUUCAGACUGCUGCUAUCGAGGACAUGGUCAUCACCUCAGAGAGGCAGAUGGUUAAAGGAAUCAGUCGCAUCAUUGCUGUGACCAGACAAGAAGCGACAAAGGCUCGGGAAGCUGGGAAGGAUUUGUCUGAAGACGUGGAUUCUCUCACCACCAGGCUCACACUGUCAACGCCGGCGGACCUGAACGUAGCCCAGCGCCAGGCCAAGGAAGUUGGAGUGUUGUCUGAUGCAGUGGACAACACUCCCAUGCCCCAGUGGCAACGAAGGGAACUACAGAGUCAACUCAAAGUGCUGCAGAGACAGAGCAACACCGUCAUCAGGAAAAUGGAGAUUAAAGAGGCUGCAAGCCAAGCUCAGGCUGUUCUGAAGAAAAACGGUCAGAAGGAUGUGUUGGUGGACUCCGUGGAAACAGACUCUAUGUCGGUCCUCAUGAAGACAGUGAACCAUGUUUGCUCAGCCUCUCCUCACAGUCAUGUGAUACUGCUGGCUCACCAGAGGCAUUCUGGGAAGGUUCUGUGUGCCUGUCAGGUUCCUAAGGGCUCGGCAUCCCUCCUGGCCUCUGACUGGGCGACAGCAGUGUGUGGUCACCUGAGUGGGAACGCUGGGGGCACAGCUGUGGUCGCUAAGGGAUCUGGAAGUAGCAGUGACAUCACUGGGGCUCUAAGGUGGGCGGAGCAGUUUGCUCAUCAGAGAUUGCGGCCUCUGAUCAGCAGCCACUCGUGAUUGAAUGUGGCUACAAGCACCGCCCAAAGGUUCCUCCGAUUGGAGGACAGGACUUCAAAGGUUUCUUUGUUUUAGAAGAAAUAAAAAGCUCACUGCUCUUA